AUGUUCGAAAAUCCAGAGUACCAAGACGUUAUUGACAAGAUUAACAAGAUCCGAAGCUAUGGGUUGAACAAGAUGCUCACCAUUCCGCAGAUCGCCAUCCUAGGCGACCAGUCGAGCGGUAAAUCAAGCGUUCUGGAGGCAAUCACAAAGCUGUCGUUUCCUCGCAACAUCGAGACAUGCACACGCUUUGCCACACAAGUAAGCAUGCGCCGGAGCGAGCAGAUCGAGAUAUCGGCACAUAUCGAUGACGCUCCCGAGUUCAACGAGCGCUAUUGUGCACAGGUUGGGGAGUGGGACAUCCACACAAUCAUCAGCGAGGCCAACAGUAUUCUAUGUUCGAGCGUAGAGAUUAGCGAAAAAGUCCUUGAAAUCACCAUUUCUGGGCCGACGUUGUCUCCACUGACGAUCAUCGACCUCCCAGGCUACAUCAACACCACCGUCGAUGGGCAGGACAAAGGCAUAGUUCAGACCAUCCGCGCAAUUAACACGCGAUACAUCAAAGACAGUCGCACAAUUAUCCUGGCGGUGGUCCCUGCCAAUGUCGAUCUGAACAAUAUCUUUGUGCUAGGCGAAGCAGAGCGAUAUGAUCCGCUGAACGAGCGAACAAUCCCCAUUGUCACUAAACCCGACACCAUCGAGCCGGACCUGCUUCCCAGUCUGAUACACACACUCCUCAAUAGACGCAAGUGCAUGAAACUUGGCUAUCUUGUGAUGAAGAACUCGAGUUACAAAGAUAUCGACAUAUCGUGGGACGACGCCAAGCAGCGCGAAGACGAUUUUUUCAAAUCAUCGAUGCUGUGGAAGCAGGUACCUGAUGCGCGCAAGGGGCGAGUUAGCGUGAAGAAGUUCCUAGGCGAGCUGCUUUACACUCACAUCAAGAAGGAGCUACCGUUCCUAAAGAAGGAAAUCCUUGAAUUGAUUAGCGAUUGCGAAAAAGAACUUACCAGUAUGGGUCCACCAGUGUCAAACACCGCCAUGGCGAAGGUCAAGUACUUUGAGUGCAUUCUAAAGCUCAAGAGCGCUUUGACUGCACUUAUGGAUGGUAAUUACUCAUUUGAGUAUAUCAGCAAACACAAGUCGGAUUAUGUGGCUGCCGCAGAUGGAAACGACGGCAGUGUCAAUGCUGACGAUGGCGACGACAAUAGUGAUUUCGCGCCUCCCGCCCUCAAAGGAAAUCAUCACUUCAUUCGAUCGUCUCUCUACAGACUAUACCAGCGCUAUAACCAAGCCAUGAACAAAGACAAGUACUUGCUUCCCGCAGACAAGAUCAGCGAACUGGUCCUUCGUUACAAAGGAAACGAGCUGCCCGGAUUUGUUUCGUUCACCACCUUCACGCAGAUCUACACCGAAACGCUAGUUUGCUGGCGCGACAUGACUAAAGCACAUGUCACUAGCAUGCACCUGUAUCUACACGAUGCUAUCGCCAAUUUUAUAGCGUUUACCGCGGAGCCACUCCUCGAAGAUACGCUUCUACUGGAGUUCGAUAAGUUCUACAGCUCACAAAUCGCAAAGAUCGACGAUACAAUUGAGAGCAUCUUUACGGAUGAAGGCACUCCGUUCACAUUGAACAAGUACUAUUAUGACAACAUUCUCAACAGCAGGAGAGAAAAGGUGGAGAAGCAGAUUCAGGGACUGCUGAAUAAAUACCAACCCAACACUAACGCCACGGCAGCGCCCAUCACGCUGCAAAAGUCGGACAUCAACUACAACGAGCAGUUUGCGAUUGAAGACCUGCAAGAGCAGCUACAGUCAUACUGUAAGGUGGCGCGCAAGCGGAUUGUGGAUGUAGUGCUUCUACAGACCAUCGAGCGGUAUAUGAUCAAGCAGAUCAACCUUUAUUUCGAUAUGUUGAUUGCUGUCGACGACAGCGCCAUUUCGAGCCGGCUUCUCGAAUCGCUAGCAAGAACCGAGCGUCGCCAAGAGCUACAAGACAAUGCGGCUGUGUUGCGGAAGAGUCUACUGGAGCUGUAG